AUGUCUCCCGUCCGAGCGCCUGUCCGUGUCCCCGUUCCCACAAGCCUCGCUGUAAGUUACUUGGUUGAUCGAUUCCCUCGGUACAUCGAGAAAUACCAGCAGGUCCGUGAUCAUCAGCGACGGGUUUUGCAGACGAUUAAUGCAACUCUCCUACUCCGGACCAAACAAUCCAAUAUGCCCCUUCAUGUCCCCGAUUUUGAUAACCUACCCCCUGUUGAUGGCAUGCCUCAGGGUUGUGCCUGGGGAAUCUUUGACAAAGACGGCAAAAAAGAUGUCUUUGGAACUCUCAAUCUCUUGACGACCGAUGUGGUUCAGGCUGCAGCUGCCGAUGUCCAGCACGGUAUUCCCGUUUCUUUGAACUGGCCCGUUGGAAGCAUCAAAAUUCCUGGCUUUUUCCGCAAGACCCUCCAACACAAGGUCAUCAAGCUCGAAGAUGAGAAGACCAAUCUACACUAUGGCUUUGAUGACGAGUGGGACAGCCCUUGCCACUUCUUGCACCUUCCAACCGGAAAGACUUACAAUGGAGCUAAGCCUGAAUUUGAAGAGAUGCAGAAUCCUUCCCUCUCGGCCAAUAAGCUUCCGACCCUGGACCACUGGCAUGACCGUGGGUGUAUUGCCGGACGCGGCGUCUUGAUUGACUUCAAGUCCUAUGCUGAAGCUAAAGGCUUCGAUUAUUCCCCCUUCUCCGGAUUCCGCAUAGGAGUCUGUGAUAUCGAAGCCGUCGCAGCUUAUCAAGGAAUCACCUUCCAGUCUGGAGACAUCCUCAUCAUCCGCUUCGGCGUGACCGAAGCACUGGGUAACAUGGACGGCAGUGAACAGGCUGCCUCCAUGGCUAGUUACCAGGCAUGUGGAAUUGAUGGAAGUGAGGAGAUGGCUCGUUGGUUGUGGAACACACAUUUUGCCGCAGUUGCCAGUGACAACAUUGCCGUGGAGGCUAUGCCGCCUAUGAUCAACGGCCUUGUUCAGCCCUUGACUCACCUGAUUCUGCACCAGUGGUGUCUGAGCCUCUUUGGUCUUCCUCUUGGCGAGCUCUGGUACCUGAAGACCCUCGCUGAUAAGUGCAAGGCCCUUAAGAAGUACACUUUCCUUCUUACGUCCGCCCCGCUCAAUGUACCCGGCGCGGUUGGAAGCCCUUCCAAUGCUCUGGCUAUCCUUUGA